AUUAUAUUUCGAACUCUGGUCACACAGCCAUAUAGCUUGAGCGGAAGAAAAAUAAUUUAUAAGGCUUCUAUUUUACAAACAAUUAAUUAUGGGUACCAAAAGACCCAACAACAGCGUAGUUUUGGCCCAAGAGGCAAAGCGUAGCAAGAAUGAUCUGAUGGCCUACACAAACAGGGACAAAGCGCUCCUUGAAUCGGGAGUAAGGCGUACCUCAAACCUGCAGGCGCCCAUAAUGCAGUUAGAAGGACAUGAAGGAGAGAUUUUCACAGCGGAAUUCCAUCCCGAGGGGGAGUUAUUGCUUUCUUCUGGGUUCGAUAGACAAAUAUACAUCUGGCAAGUGUACGAAGACUGCGAAAAUGUGAUGGCCAUGUCGGGACACAGCGGUGCUGUUAUGGAAGCUCAUUUUACGCCGGAUGGAUCACACAUCUUUACCUGCUCCACUGAUAAAACGCUGGCUUUUUGGGACAUAGCCACGGGUCAGCGGCAACGGCGGUUCAAGGGGCAUGGCAACUUCGUGAACAGCGUUCAGGGCUCGCGUAGGGGUCAACAGCUCCUCUGCUCGGGAAGCGAUGAUCGCACCAUAAAAAUCUGGGAUGCCAGGAAAAAACACGCGGCACACACCUUGGAAUCCCCUUUUCAAGUCACAGCUGUUUGUUUUGGUGACACUGGAGAACAAGUAAUUAGCGGCGGGAUCGACAACGAAGUCAAAAUCUGGGACAUUCGAAAACAGGCUGUCUUGCACCAUCUGCGAGGGCAUUCGGAUACGAUUACCGGAAUGUCCUUGUCCCCCGAAGGAGACUUUAUCUUGACAAAUGCCAUGGAUAACACCUUGAGGGUGUGGGACGUAAGACCUUAUGCACCCGGGGAAAGAUGUGUGAAGGUAUUCCAAGGCCAUCAGCACAAUUUUGAGAAGAAUCUGCUGAGAUGCGCUUGGUCGCCGGGAAGCGAUAAAAUAACAUCGGGUUCCGCCGAUCGGCAUGUCUAUAUUUGGGAUGUAAAUACAAGGAGAAUUCUUUACAAACUUCCCGGACACAAUGGCAGUGUUAAUGCCGUGGAUUUCAGCCCAAAAGAACCCCUGAUUCUAUCUGGAUCCAGCGAUAAGACUUUGUAUCUAGGAGAGAUCGAUGAAUGACCAAUUUUGACUAGAAAGAGCGAAAGCUAUUAUUGAAACCCACGUUACUUCUUAAAUAUUUUAGGGAUCAGAUGGUUUCUUGUACACAAAUUAUCUGAAUUCGCGACGUAGGAGUCAAUAAAGUAUAAAAUGUGUAGACGAAAUAUGCAUAACACACCA